AGUAACCCUUCAAAAGAAGAUACGUAGACUUUGUCUUCUUCGAGAGAAAGAAAGGAAAAACUACUCCAUUGAAAAUGUUUUCUUUACUAAGCUUGUGUUGGAUUAUUGUAAUUAUUUCCCUCGUAGUUCUGGUUCCGACUUAUUGUCGAAGGGCUCGUUAUAUCCUGGGGGAAGAUUUUCGUUCACCGGAAAUACUUUCAGAGGACAGCGUUUACGCGUCUCGAGCCAUGGUGGUUUUUGCUGUCUUUCUUUGUAGGUGUCUCUCAAAAGUUGCUGCCUUGCUGGGCUGGUCCAGGAGAGGUGUCUCAGCAGCUUCUUCCGUGAACAAUGGUGAUCAAACCCGCUGCCCGAAGAGUAGAGAUGAGGACAACACUCAGUCAGUCAGAACCGGCCGGACUGUUAGGAGCAAGCAAAGCGGACAAAUCCCCAACAAAUGGAACGUGUAUUAGCCAGGCAGUGCAAUCCAUCUUUCAAUUUAAUUUACACACCAUUUUCUCCUAAACAAUACGUAAUUCAGAAUAUUGGGAGGAGUAUGAUAAAAGAAGUGAACCAAAGUAAAUCUACGUGGGCAGUCAAGGUUCGUGCCGUAAGUGUACAACGUUCCUGCUCAUGAUGGCAUUCCACCGAAAUGAAUAUUCCAUGAUGAAUAGUACUUUGGUACAGGAACUUCUCCCACAUUCAAAAGUGCUUGACGUUGGACGCUGUUCGGACUUUCCAAUUAACUAUCCUAAAGUUAUUUCGGCUACCGUCAACCGUCUGGAAAAGCUGAAUCCCAGGGACCAAGGAGACCUGGAGAAGAUGAUGAGUUGAGCGGCGUAGGAUUGAACAGGACGGGAAGUUGGGCUGGAGAGAUGGUCGCAGGAGGAUCUGGCAGGGAGGAGCGAAGGCGGGCUGAUCCGAUCAUAUAAUCCAGCUUAAAAUUGAACUUAAUUUCAAAAAUACUCGGCUGUACGGUGCUCACCGUACAGCCGGCUAUACGGUAUCCUUUGGGGUGCUGCAUACAACAUCUCCAUGUUCGGUUAUGGUCGGUUAUUCGGUUACCGACCCAAACCGAAUGACAUUUUUCGGUCGGUUUUCGUAAUGUUUUCGGUCGGUUAUCGGUCGGUUUUGAUAGCAAAAAAUUAUAAUCGGUUAUUCGGUUAUCGGUCGGUUAUUUGACCGACCGACCGAAUGCUCACCCCUAGACUGCUCGCGAUAGAGGAUUGCGCUCGGCGAUGGACGGGCUGCCGGCUACAACCCGACGGGAGCGAAGGGACACGAUGAUCGAAGAUCGUCGAUCCUGAAAGAUCGUCAAUCACCUAUACCGAGGGGAGCCUUCAACCUUAGGGAUACCCUUUUCGAAAAUAAUUGGGUCUUCGAAGUAUAAUGUAAUCUGGUCUUGUAGGUCCUGAAAUAGAUGAACUUGAUUUGAUAUUAGCUUUCC